AUGGGUAAUGAGGGAAACCUUUUGUGCUCCUUAUGCCUUUGUCCGAUUUGGGAUAAAAACGCUGAAGAAAUAGGGGACACUACAAAAGAAAUCUUUGAUGUCAUUUUCGUAAAUAAGAAUUUGUGGUUGGACAAGGGGCAACCAAUAUGCCAACUUUGUUCAAGAAAAAUCCAAGACAGCUUCAGUUUUAAGUGUAAUUGCAUUUACACGGAGGAUUUCUUAGUGCCUUUUGUAUCUGCUGUAGGGGGUUCACAAAUCAAUUUGAUGGACAUAUUUAAAGGGAAUGUGAAAAGUGAAAAGGAAAUCCGAGAUAAUCAAAAAGUGUGUAGACUAUGUCUGCAAAUAAUUGCCGGACCUGUCAAUUCACUUCUCGUGGAAACUGAGUUUGAUUUGAUUCAGAAAUUUAUGCCGGAAAUAAUGAUUCACAAUACAUCGGAUCCCGUGGCCUGCGAAGCUUGUACUAAACAACUACACAAUUUUGCUUCUUUUAUAAUCGAUUGUGUAAGUGUUCACGAAAAGAAAAAUAAAAGACAUAAGAAUGACUCCACAUAUAUCAAUAAAGGAACGUUAUCGACUGAUGGGUACAAAAACGUUGAAGAAAGGUCAGGAAUAGAGAAAUGCGAUUUAAAUCUGAAUAUUAAGAAUGAAGAUUGUAGGGAAGAAAAUCAAUAUAUACCGGCAAUUAACGAUUCCAAUUUUUAUAUCAAAAAUGCAGGAGUCAUGACUCAUACAGGACAGUAUUAUAAUAGAAGUCUAUACCCCUUACCCUUAUCACUGCCGAUGCCUCAAGAUGAUAAGGACAGCAUGAACCCAUCGGUCUUCCAACACCGCUACAACGGAGAAUAUAAGCAAAAAGAAAGCGACGACGAUAAAUCCAGCGUACUGUACGAUAUGGACUUGCACAUUGUGAAAACCGAAAAACUAAACCACAAACAACCGGAAGCAGAAAUAUGCAAAAGCAAAUACCGGAAUUGCAUUAAAAAAUUCCAGGAUGCAUCCAGGGCCAAAUCGUACAAGUGCCAACACUGCUCCUACCACACGAAAUACCUCAGCGCCCUCAAAUCCCACUCCCUGAACCACACGUACCCGUCCAAAAUGGAACUUUACGCCUGCGAGGAGUGCGACUACAAAACCAAACACCGGACCGCCCUCAAGUCGCACAUGCUGAACCACGCGCACCCCUCGGAGAUCGAAUUUUACAGCUGCGACGAGUGCGACUAUAAAACGAAACACCGCAACGCCCUCAAAUCCCAUAAGCUGAACCACGCGCACCCCUCGGAAAUCGAACUGUACAGCUGCGACAAGUGCGACUACAAAACCAAGUACCGGAACGCCCUGAAAUCGCACCAACUGAACCACAAGCCCCCCUCGGAGAUCGAGAUGCGCAAAUGCAACCAGUGCUCGUACGAAACGAAGCACAGAACGGCGCUCGUGCUGCACAUGCUCAAGCACAAAAGUCCGGGGGAGAUACAGAUGUAUAGGUGUGAUAAGUGCAAGUUCCAGACGAAGUUCAAACAUGCGUUGAAGCCGCACAAGCUGAAACAUAAGGGCGAUACGUAG